GGCCUGGCCACCUGCCCCAGAGUCCGGGCGUGGAGGCACCUGGGCAUGAUCGCGGCUCCCAUUUGCGUUUCUCCUCGGCCCCCGGCUGUCGGGCGCGUGGCAGGGGAUCCCCACCACCCUGGCAUUUGCGUCCGACCCGGCGGAGGGUCGCCGAGAACGGAGGAUCUGCCCCCCUCCAGCUGCCAAACUCCCGAGAGCUCAGGGGAGGUGUGCUCAAGGGACACCUGCGCAUCUCGUGGCCGAUCACAGCACCUGGCACCACCCUCUUUCCCUUCUUCCCCUCUCUCUCUCUCUCCCCCUCCUUCCCGGUGUCCCGAUUUCCACCUCCCCUCACUCCCAUCUCCACAUAGAUGUCGGCCCUGCAGAUCUUGCAAGAGGCCCUGGCCUCGGCAUUUGCCUCACCCAUCAAGACGGCCUUCACCGUGGUGGCCCUGCUGGGGGCCUACCUGAUCCUGUCCAUCGUGAAUGUCUACCGCCGCGCUUAUCAUAAAUAUGCCUGCCUGCAGGACAUGCCCGGCCGGCCCCAGUGGCCAAUCAUCGGAUCGAUCAUCAACAUCCCGCUGGACCCUCUCAAGCGUGAGGAGUCCUUCAACAAGCUGGCUCGCGAGUAUGGCCAUCAUGGAGUCUUGCAGUUCUGGAACGGCCCCAUUCCCGGCGUGGAGGUCCUCGCGCCGGAUACCAUUCGUGCAGUAUUGAGCGCCGCGCGCGAGCACCACGCUAAGGGAUACUUCUACCGACUGCUGGAGCCCUGGCUUGGCGGAGGCCUCCUGCUGCUGGACGGCGAUGAGUAUCGAAUUCACCGCCAGUGGAUCUCACGUUCCUUCCAUGUGGACUUCUUGCGAACCUCCUUCCUGGAGGUGAUGCUCGAAAAAACCGACCUGCUAGUCGAGCGCAUUACCAAGCACAUCAAGGACUCGGGCGAGCCCUUCGAUGCCUUCCAGUGGCUGUCCGAGACAUCCAUGAACAUCAUUUGCCAAACGUCCAUGGGUUUGAAUCUGCAAACCGAGACCAUCUCCUCGCAAGCCAAAUACAAGGAGGCACUGGAGUUUACGAAGAACAUGUUCUAUGCGCGGGCCUUCAAUGUGCUCAUGCACUCGGACACGAUUUUCCACUAUUCCAAGCUUGGCCGGGAGUUCCGAGGCCAUCUCGCCACGAUUCGCUCCUUCUCAAAUGAGCUCAUUCAGAAGCGUCGCAAGUUGCUCGAAGAGGGCAAGGUUGAGGUUGUUCUUGGAUCGGCCUUCUCCAUGCCUAGCGACCUGGACAGCGAUGCCGGAGCCACGGGGCAUGGGGCUGACAACUUCGGCCUUGCCGGCCCCUCCUCGCCUCGGCGCCGCCAUCGCAUGACCCUACUUGACAGUUUGCUCAUGGAGCAGAAGCGCUGUGCCGAUCCCGCCACUCGGGAUCCCGGCGAAACGCCCCUGACCGAUGAGCAGCUUCGUGUGCAUGUGGACACCUUCAUCUUCGCCGGGCAUGAUACCAUUGCCACCUUCGCUGCGUGGGCACUCUACUGCGCGGCCAAAUACCCCGAGGCCACGGAGCCGCUGCUGCGUGAGCUCGAUGCCUUUUGGCAAGAGCUCGGAUCCUCGGACCCCGAUGGCACCGGGACCGGGCGCUCGCCGACCAUGGCCGAGCUGAACGAACUCCGCGAAUUGGACAUGUUCAUCAAGGAGGUCAUGCGCCUUUACCCCUCGGCGCCGCAGAUUAGCCGCAUCAUCUCCCGGGAUAUCGAGCUCCGUGGACACCAUGUGCCGGCCGGGACCUCAUGCAACAUCCAGGUUUGGGCCCUCCACCGGAACCCCACCUACUGGCCGAACCCGCUGAAGUUCGACCCCACUCGCUUUUCUCCGGAGAAUUCCGCCGGUCGCGACCCCUUCGCCUUCAUCCCCUUCUCGGCUGGAGUUCGGAGCUGUGUCGGGCGCAAAUUUGCCGAGCUUGAGCAGCGCGUCCUAGUUGCUCGGCUUCUGCAUCAAUUCCGCUUCAAGAUGGCCCCCGGGCGCGAGCAUGUUGUCGGCCAGCCGCGGCUGGCCCUCAGCCCGAUCGGCGGUAUUCAUGUUCUGGCCUUCCCGCGGGAGCCCGGCAGCCCGGCGGUCCAGUAAUCUCGCCGACUUUCUCCUGGCAUUCGUGCUCAGGCGGCCGGAGGUGGACCAUCUCGUCUUCGGUCAUCCAGUUCUUCCUUCUUCUGUGGUCCCCUCCUGUUCAGCAUGCACAUCAAAUACACGCGCCAAACGCCGGUUCAUAUCCCAUUCUCGAUGCUACGCGCUCUUCCCCCUCCCCUCCCCCUGCUUCCGACUCUUCCCCCGUGCUUCAUCACUUCCCAGCCCCCCCCGAGCGCGUGCCGCAAGCAGGCCAGGGGAAAGGAAGGCGUUUGGCGCGAUCCCCCCCCCCCCUGCGCUCCUCCUCCUCCCCUCGCCACACACGAGCAACAAGAUGGACAACAUGAACAAACGCAACCCCAACGCAUGACAGGCUUGACAAGGAUGGAGACACACAGCCAUGCAUGCGUGUGUGUGCGCGCGCGCGCCUGAAUCUAUUCCCCGAGCUGGAAGAGCUCAUGGUGGCGGAAGGAGACGGUUCAUCUCAUCGCGUAGGCUGUCAAUGAAAAUGCGUUGCUCGGAAUUCAUCUUCCGGAUGUACUUCCAACUAAAGGUACUCAGCCCGGAAGACCCGGCCCCAUCGAAGGAGCUGGUCGAGCCCAGGAGCGGCGAGUAACCUCCUCCCGCUCGGCCACACGUGGUCCCAGCCAAUAGUGACAGACUCGAGGACGAGCCGAGAGACGAGCCAGCGCCCAAGGGGGAGAGGGCGUCAGUCGAGCCGGCACCAGGCAUGCUCGGUGACGCGACGCCGACAUCCAAGUCCAGAGGGGACCCCAGCGGUGGCCGGGGCGCCGGCUGACUGGCGGCAUUAUGCAGCACCAGCGACCGGAAUUCCUCGGAAGUGAAGGGCGGCAUGGCGCUAUCGGUCCAGAGGACACCGGAAGAAUGGAUAGGGGCCACGGCCGGCGCCGACAAAUCAAUAUCAUGCCGGGGCUUCGAUGCAUCGAAGGCCACCUCUGCCGUCAGGGGAGCCGUAUGCUCCAGCAUGGCAAGCUGCUGUAGCCGCAUGCGUGCGCGCUCCACAUACGGCACAGCCGCCUUGAAGAUGGCUUGCAUGUUGGUGUAGAAGCUAAUUCGCUCGUUGGUGCGAUCACUGUUGGCGAUGUUGUCGAAGUCGAACCAAAGGAUUCGCUGAGCACACAAAAGAAGGCCCGAGCCAAGGGGAAAGAGGGGAGAGGGAGAGAAUGCCGGCAGGACCGGGGGUGUCAG